AUGAUAAACGAGGAAGGCAUAUACAACGAGAGUCGAAGCGCGGAAGAGAAAAUCCAGGGUAGCAAGUCUCAUGGAAAAGGCGCGAAUGACAGUGGGGCGAAGCCCUGCGGAUCGCAAGUAAGCACAGAUGAUAAUGUUUCUAACGGAGGAGCGGGGUCGCACGAGGACACGGACUCGAAGGAGAAGGACCCGGACGCGAAUGACGAAUCGGACUUGCCCGGGGAAGACUCUCCGGAGAAAGGGGACAAUUCGGAAAAGGCUGCUAGCGAAGCGGCUAAUAGAGCAGAUGCUAGUGUGAAGGAAUGCAAGGAGGGGGAAUCCAAACAGGGCAAAUGCAAAGAAGGGCAUCCUGAUGCGGAUACGCCUCAAACGGGGGACACCCCUCCCGAGGAAGCCAAAAAAAAUGUGAGCAUCGAGCUGCUCAAAACAUGUGACGCCCUGAAAAACCUGGGCAACAAGUACUUCAAAGAGAAUAACUACCUGGCAUCUCUUAAGUACUACACAAGUGCGAUCGAUUUGAUAAAAAAGGUCUACGAGGUUCAAGACCCUGUUUGUAUGGACCUACUAAAUAGCAUAAGCGUGGACGCCUUACCAAGUGAAAUCACCAUAGAUGAGGAGGACGUGAAGGUGUUACAAGAACUUUAUUUAAACAGUGCUAUCACAAAAAAGAGUGAAUUUAUUAGCGUAAAAGAAACAGAUAUACAUAUAUACUAUACGAAUAGAUCCUUCUGCCAUAUGAUGUUAGAAAAUUAUGGCUCGUCCAUAGAAGACAUUGAUGAAGCAAUAAAAAUUAAUCCCUUAUAUGCAAAGGCCUACUACAGAAAAGGCUGCUCCUUUUUAAUGCUUUCAGAUUUGAAGAGCGCAUCUGACUGCUUUCAGAAGGUGUUAAAAUUAACUAAGGAUAAAAAUUCGGAAAUAAAAUUAAAGCAGUGUAAAAAAUUAUUAUUUGAGCAACAAUUCCAGAAGGCCAUUGAGUUAGAGCAGAAAUUGCCCUACUACGAAACGGUGGUGUUGGACUCUCUGAAAAUUGAAAAUGUGGAAGCCCCCAUUUAUGACAGCAACAAUUUAAGUAUUGAUUUUUUACAAAAGGUUGUAGAGUACAUAAGUGUCCCGGGUCAAAAAUUAAAUAAGAAAUGUGUUUGUGCCAUCGUCUUGGAUGUUAUAAAAUUGCUUAAGGAACUACCAACCCUAGUGCGUCUAAAUUUAGAAGAAGAUGAAACGCUAACCAUAUGUGGAGAUAUCCAUGGCCAAUUUUAUGACCUCUUAAAUAUUAUGAAAAUAAAUGGAUACCCAUCGGAAAAAAAUUCCUACUUGUUUAAUGGGGACUUUGUUGAUAGAGGAAGUUUCUCUGUUGAAGUUAUUAUAUUUUUAUUUCUCGCUAAGCUGACCUUCCCUAAUAAUGUACAUUUGACAAGAGGAAAUCACGAAACGGAUAAUAUGAACAAGUUGUAUGGAUUUUUAGGAGAGUUGCAAGAAAAAUAUGAUGAAAAAAUGCAUGUGCUUUUUUCUGAUUCGUUUAAAUUUUUACCCCUAGCUUAUGUACUCAAUGAUACCAUUUUUAUUUGCCAUGGUGGAAUCCCUAGUAAAACUGAUACCACUUUGGAGGACAUUGAAAAAAUAGACAGAAAUACCGAGCCCAUGGAUGAAGGCAUCAUGACCGAUUUGUUGUGGUCAGACCCAAAUGAAGAAAAAGGAUUUAAGCCAUCCAAGAGGGGAAUUGGAUUUUCAUUUGGUACAGACAUUACCGAAAGCUUCCUUAAAAGAAACAACCUCAGUCUCAUAAUUAGGUCACACGAAGUCAGGGAUGAGGGUUACUCGAUUGAGCAGAACGGCAUGUUGUACACCGUUUUUAGUGCCCCUAACUACUGCGAUAUUAUGAAGAACAAGGGCGCUUUUCUGAAGUUCAAAGGGCGAUCCGUUAAGCCCAAAUGCAUCACCUUCACGGAGGUAAAGCACCCCAACGUGCCGUCCCUCAAGUAUGCGCACAAUUUAUACCAGAAUAUUUAG